GGGUUCUACGAAGUAAACAAUCAUGAAUGUGAUUUGAUUCCUGCCACCAUGGACGUUAUAAACAAGUGGGGAAAGAUGCCCCAAUUUGGGGGAAGAUGACAAAGUGCUGUUAGAACAAAGAAAACAGAACUGCAGGGAUCUAGAGAUACUUAAAAGGAGAAGUGACAUUUGACCUGGACCCUAAAAGUGGUAAAGAUUAUCAGUAUCAACUCAUAUUUGUAGAUGUAGAUAGGUAGCUACAGAAAGUAAUAAUAUACACGUGUGCGUCCACUUACCAAACUCUGUUCGCUAAGGUCUAGAAGUAAUGAUAUAUGACAUCAUGGUAGCAGUGAGCAUCCCUAGUGCCCCGAUCUUGGUUUCUAAAUGCCAUUCUUCAUGAAAAGGAACCAUAGCUCCUUGGAGAAACUCAAGACUGGGAGUAGGAAAGUAAAGAUGAGCAAGCAACAAUUUGUUGUGUCAGAAAGUAAGGAAGUGGGACAUGCCAGAGGAGAGAUGGAAGAUUACCAUGCUGAGAAAGAGACUACUUUCAUUGUUGAUGAAGUGAGCAGCGUUGUAGAGGCUGUUGAAGGUGCCAUCGGUGGCAGUGCCUGUCAGCACGGCAACGUGAAUCAGUGGAGCACAGAUGUAGUAGAACAAACUGGAAGCCAACUCACCAAGCUGGGAAAACCAUUUAAAUACAUCGAGACCUGUGUAGUUAAGCAGAAGAAUGGAGCAGGAUUACCCAUAGCAAGUUCUUGCGUCUGGGACAGCUCUGCUGACGGGGGUGGCACUGUGUGAUGGGGGAACAAGACCAGGUACUGCAUUGUCAGUGCUUUUGGAUUGCCCAUCUGACCUCAUAUCCUCCCAGGCUCUCGCUCCUUUUGUCUCAGCAUUU